AUGGCGCCUCCAAGACCAUUGAAACGUCAAAAGACCAACCCUUCAAAGCCUUCAGCCUCAGAAUCAGAUCAAAAAGCACCAGCCGACGUUCCCCUUCCUCCAGAGACUCCGCCGAGCCCGACCACAGCCAUAUCCACCACGUCCCCGGAGGAAGGAAAAAGAUCGUCAUGGAUCACCCGUACUUGGCCUCGCAAGGCACGACCUGUCGCUGAAGUUGCACGCGAAAGUGUCCCUUCGAGCUCUAACACGGCCCAUGAAGUCGCUUCAAUCACCAAAGAUAAGCCUAGAUCUCUGAGAUCACCAUCCUUGGCCAUGACUCUCGGAAAGACCUCCUCGAAUCGAUCCCUACCGGUUGAUGCCACCACAACGGCCGUGAAUGCUACUGCGGAGGCUACCACCAACAAUGGCAAGAAGAGUGUUCCAUUAGAACCCAGUGAUAAGCCUGUUACAGACGGAGAUGCAGACAAGAGUGUACCAGAAAGCAAUCAGAAACCCGAGAAGGCAGCCUCAAACGAAGCAUCUGCCCAACAAAUCCAAUCAGAACAACAGCAAAAUCAGCAAGGAACGUGGCUGGGCUGGUUAGCGAGGAGAGAUGGAUCUAUGAAUAAACCAUCAGAAGUGCAACACCCAGUGUCCUCGAAUAUAGAAAGUGGAAAUGGACAACCUCUGCCCGCUGUCGCCGAACCGCCAACUAACUCGCCAGAGGCAACAAUAAAUCCGCAAGAAUUCCCUGAGAAUUCCGGAAAUAAGAGAAGCUGGUAUCAAAUGUGGAGUAGCGAUGCAUCAACUAGACCUCAGAAGGAAGCAUUGUCGUCCGUGGAAACGAAUACAUUGACAACAGAGGCGCCUACACAACCCACUCAUCUUGAUAUUAGCAUACCCAAAACCCCAAAGGCCAAAUCAGUGUCACAAGCUUCGUCUCUAGAAACAUCUCCGCCGCCUCCGCUAUCUGGAGAUGGCUCUAAAUCGGCAGGCUGGGUGUUUUGGUCUCGAGAUAGAAAGUACCAGUCAUCGGCGAAACCUGAAAACGAACCGCACGUGGGCGAGAUUGCAAUUUCCGAUACUCCUUCACAAACAAGGCCUAAACGAGCCUCGAUCAGUUUGCAAGAUGAAGCUUCGAGGCCUAACCUGAAAACAGCGCAGGCCCAAGAAACACCAAAGCAGGCUGGCCCUGAGAAGAGUGCAACGGCCAAGUUAAAUGCCGCAGAACAACCUUCGGUCUCGAAAUCGGAGAUGAAAGCCACAACGAAGAAAGAAGGCAAGUCCACGAAAGCAGAAUCGUCUCAUGCCACAGCAAUCGCCAGAGAACCAGUUGAAGCCGGAACACCGAGGCAGCAGUCUCCCACACCCUCAAAGAAAGAAGCGCCUAACCUAUUGCUACCAGCUCUCAGCGACACCUUGAGCUCCGAGGAGCAACCUUCUAUAUUGCAACAGCUUGCAAGAUUGCUUUACUAUACCAAAGGGCCUGACAUGAAGCGUCUUUCACUCAUCAAAGACCCGCCAAAAAUCAAGAACGCACUUGCAAUCGGCGUCCAUGGCUAUUUCCCAGCUCCACUCAUCCGUACCGUGCUUGGUCAGCCCACAGGAACUUCGAUCAAGUUUGCAGAUAUGGCCGCCAAAUGCAUCAAGAAAUGGACGCGAAGCCAUGGGUACGAAUGCGAAGUCAAAAGUGCAGCGCUUGAAGGUGAAGGUAGGAUCACUGAACGAGUUGAGCUCCUAUGGAAAUUGCUGCUUAACUGGAUCGACGAAAUUCGCAAAUCAGACUUCGUCAUGAUCGCUUGCCACAGUCAAGGCGUUCCAGUUGCGAUAAUGCUUGUAGCAAAACUAAUACAAUUCGGUUGUAUCAGCGGCGCUCGAGUUGGUAUUUGUGCUAUGGCGGGAGUCAACAUGGGCCCCUUCCAGGAAUACAAGUCUCGUUGGAUCAGUGGCUCCGCUGGCGAGCUAUUUGAUUUUUCUGAUCCCAACAGCAAAGUAUCCAAGAGCUUUCUUGAAGCUAUGGAAGUGAUACUGAAAUUCGGAGUCCGGCUCACCUUUGUCGGCAGCAUUGAUGACCAGCUGGUUUCUAUGGAGUCGUCGAUCUUCGCUCCUCUGACCCAUCCUCAUAUAUACAGAGCUGUCUUUAUCGACUCACGCGUUCAUGCACCAAAUUUCCUAUCACAUCUUGUUGGCUUCGCGCUGAAAUUACGCAAUGUCGGUGUUCCAGAUCAUGGCCUUAUACGGGAACUCUCGUCACCAUUAGCAGGCAGCUUGUACGGUGGAGAGGGUCAUUCCCGCAUCUAUGAGGAUGAUGCAGUAUAUGACAUUGCAAUCUCAUUCGCUCUUGAGACAAAUGCUCUCAAAGAUGUGCCAAUAUCGCAACGCCAGACCAGUACCGCGGCCGCAAAUCCUUACAUUCUCCCAUUCGCAAUGCGUGGCAUCCUGGAGGAAGAUUACGUCAAGACAGAGUUACAGAACGAAGCCCGAGAGCUUCUUGCUCAAUUUGACGCCUGGAAACCCACCACAAAGGCCCUAAAGGAUGUCAAGUUCAGGCUCGAAGGAAUUAGGUCGAAACUUUGA